UGGAAAGCAUGGCUGUUUAGAACUUUGAACCUGCCAUGCAGCUUAACUUUGCAACUUGGUGCGCUGUUUUUGAGAGGUGAACGACGUCCGAUUGGCAACAUGUGUCAUCCGAAAUAUUAGGCAGCUCUCCCGGAGUGUCGAGUCCCCCAACUCUUAUUCCCCCCUCUCAGUGAUGGAAUGAAGACGAAGCCUAUCAUGGAUGAUAAAUCCAGCAAGCUCAUCCUGGUUCCUAUCCUGGCUGUGCUUUUUGUCACGAUAGGUUACCAGUACAUAUGUCCCGCCGGCAGUCAUUCGUGUCCGCUGAAAAACGGAGAUGCGCCGCGGGGAGUGAGCCUGCUCUCCGCCGGCUAUCAGGACGGGGACGAUUUCGCCGACCAGGACUUGGAGGAUGACAGCCCUGCCAAGCUCCCGUCCCAGUUCAACUUCACGCAACGAGACCUGGACCGACGCGUGGAGUUCAACAUGAAAGGGGACGACGUCAUCGUGUUCCUGCACAUCCAGAAGACCGGCGGCACCACGUUCGGCCGGCACCUGGUGAGGAAUAUCCGCCUGGAGCAGCCGUGCGACUGCAAGGCCGGUCAGAAGAAGUGCACCUGCCACCGGCCGGGCAAGGACGAGUCGUGGCUCUUCUCUCGCUUCUCGACGGGAUGGAGCUGCGGGCUGCACGCCGACUGGACCGAGCUGACCAACUGCGUGCCUGUCAUUAUGGAUAAGAAGGAGGUCCAGAGGAAUAAAAGGAACUUCUACUACAUCACCAUGCUGCGUGACCCGGUGUCCCGUUACCUGAGCGAGUGGAAGCACGUCCAGCGCGGCGCAACCUGGAAGACGGCCUUGCAUAUGUGUGACGGGCGUUCGCCCACCCAAAACGAGCUGCCCACCUGCUACAACGGCGAGGACUGGUCGGGCGUCACCCUUUCCGACUUCAUGCGCUGCCCCUCCAACCUGGCCAACAACCGGCAAGUGCGCAUGUUGUCCGACCUUAGCCUGGUGGGCUGCUACAACCUGUCGUCCAUGAACGAGAGCCAGCGCGACCACAUCCUGCUGAGCAGCGCCAUGAGCAACCUGAAGAACAUGGCCUUCUACGGCCUGACCGAGUUCCAACGCAAGACGCAGUACCUGUUCGAGCGGACGUUCAGCCUGCGCUUCAUCUCGCCCUUCACGCAGAUCAACAGCACGCGCGCCGCCAACGUGGACCUGAGCGAGGCCGUGCGACGACGCAUCGAGGAGCUCAACUUCCUGGACGUGCAGCUGUACGACUACGCCAAGGAUCUGUUCCUUCAGCGUUUCCAGUUCACCCGGCAGAGGGAGCGCCGAGAGGUGCGCUUGAAGAGACGCGAGGAGCGCCGUUGGAUACGCGAGCAGCAGCAAGCCGAGCCGUGGCCGUCCAAACGCAAAGCGCAAGCUCCGAAAAGCCUGGAGAAGGACCACAAUGACUUUGCCAGCACCACUGAGGACUACACAAGCCAAGUGGCUCGCUGGUGAUGCCAUUCAUUUCAAUCACUGUCAUUAUACACUACUCACAAAAAAUUGGGAUAUUUGGCUUUAGGGUGAAAUUUUAGGAUGAAUCGAAAAUGCACUUUUAAAGUUCUACGUCGGUCUACGUUCACCUCUAAAGGUUUCAGUACAUUUUAGGGUUAAUCUAAAAUGUCACCCCAACAUCCCAAAGCAUUUGUGAGUCGUGUAUAUUGUCAUCGUAUCAUCAUUAAUGUGUCGCUCAGCUUUUCAGUGUGCACUCGUCUUUCUUUCUAACAAUGGUUCUCAAACUGGGGUCUGGAGUUAGGGGGUCCACAAAUAACUUGCCCUAAAUUAUUCUCAGUUACAAAAAAUGCAUAUUUACUAUACAAAUGAGAACGAACUGAUGUGACAGUAAAACAAACUAACAUACUUUGAGCCAAUGUUGAGCCACUAAAUCUCUACAUUAAUAAAGUCACAUUUAUUUGAACAAAAGGAA